CGGGCGUGUCCCACAAGGCAGCGCGCCGUGACGUCAUGUUUCCGGUGUGGCGCCAAAUAUCAACACUUUGUGGCGCCGACAUUUUGAGCUGUCUUCCUUUUUAAGCACUGCAGACCUAAAGUCAUCAGUUUUCACAUCAAAAGAAUGGCAAUGACCAUGGACAUGAUCCAGGAACAGCUGCAUGAGAGAAGACCACAACGUGCUUUGCGGCGAAGGCAACAGAAUGAACAGAUGCCAUCACCAAAGCGGCUCAGAUGCUCUGUCAAAACACCUAGUCCACAUGUUACACCUUCAAAAAGAAAGGGUGUCUUUGUGGACAGUGAUGUGGAAUCUCCAGUUUUUGUUGCUAGGUCUUUCUAUGGCCAGAGCAAGAAAUCUGCUGCUGACAGCGCAGACCUUCUGGGCACACCACCACAUCUGGUCGACUCUCCAAAACACAUUUCUUCUUCUCCACAAGCUCUGGCUCUUGAUAACUUAUUCAAGAAAAAGAUGCAGUUGGCUACUAGGCAGGGCAAGAAAUCUCCACGUAUUGUUCUGACUCCUUUGCGAAGUUCAACAAAUAUUGGUUCAGUCAUUUCUGAUAAAACCCAAUCUCCUAUCAGUAGACGACUCAACUCACUUCCUGAAAAGACACUUAUACUGAGGCCGGAAUUUCCAGCUAUGGUGCCAUCAAAAAAGACCCAAGAGACAGGCCAGAAGAGUGAUGCUUCACUGACCAGCAGCCGAAAGUUUUUCAAGCACAAGUCCCCACAGUCAGCUUCAAAGUUACUUGGCAAUGUUGUCAUAGGCAGGGGUUUCAAACUCAGGUUUGUUCACCGAUCCCUUAGCAAAGAUUAUCCUCAGCAGUAUCUAUACAAGAAAAAAUCAUCCAGAAAUACUCUCUUGGGGAAUAAGUCAGGAACAGCCAUAACUACAACACAGAAAGCAGGCAGAAAGUCUGCUUCAGUUAGCAAGUUGAACUCUGUUAUGGAGGAAGCAACUUCAUCUUUGAUCACAAGCAAGCAUGAUGACUGUUUUCUGAACUGUGAAUCGUCAGUCCUCCCAUGCUCCUUACCCGCAGAUGCAGUCAGAACAUCAGAUCAAAACUCCACCACUUCAGCAGAUGAAAAUGUGUGCUCCUUGGAUGAUUCAUCAGAGACACCUGGCAUGACCUGGGCUGUUUCUGCAGGUGCCCCACAUGAGGUGCAAGAGUCAUCUAAAAUGCCUGAUGAGGGACACCCAGACCAGUUCUACCCCAUUUUCACUUCCCAUCGUCGCAGUCAACGAAUAGCAGCAGCAAAACCCAGCCAGAGGAGUGAUCCUAACAGCCCUGUCCAGAAAAAUGGAGGAAAACAGAUCACUCCAGCUAGGAAACGGCUUGUUGGACGCAAGGGAGACACUUCACAAGGGGUGCUUGAUGCUGGUCAAAAACAGUUUGGAGCUAUCCAGUGCAAGGACUGCUGUAUGGUUUAUAGUGCUGGGGAUCCAACAGAUGAAACUAUGCAUGCCAGGUUCCACGAAAGUACACUACAUGCUCUUAAAUUUCCUCGCUGGAAGAAAGAGCGAAAUGUGCAAGAAUUUCUGGAUGAUGGUAGUCGAGUAAUUAUGGUUUUGCCAGAGGACCCACGUAACAUUGUGAAGAAGGUGGAGGAAGUGAACAAUGUCAUGGCACAAGAAUUAGGCUUCUCCGAUAAAACUCCUGCCCUCCGUGCCCACCAUAAGGCAUUUCUCUACGUGUUGCCCAGCAACCAGAUUGUAGGUUCUGUCAUUGCUGAGCCAAUCAGUGAGGGCUAUCGCAUUAAGCCACCUGCCAGCUUUUGUAGAACUCCAGAGAACCAGAGACCUUGCUUUUGCUCAACUGACCCAGAAGCUGCUGUUGUGGGUAUUGGUCGUCUUUGGGUGUACCAGCCGUACCGCAAGCAAGGCAUUGCAUCACGACUGAUCGACUGUGUCAGGCAGUGGUUUGAAUACGGUAUUGUGAUCAACAAAUCUGAGGUGGCGUUCUCCGACCCAACUUCUGAUGGUCAACAUUUUGCUGAAAAGUAUACUGGCACUGCAGAUUUUCUGGUCUAUAAAUAUGCUGUUUAAGGAGUGGCAUGAUGAAUAAAGUGCAACAUUUUUUUGUUACUUCUUGUCUACAAGGCCCAUGGUUUUUUACAGGCAGUCCAGGAGAUUGCCAGGAUUGUUUUCAGUUGACUCACGUUUUAUGACAGACUUUGAAGUUUGAUCCUUGUGUUGUGAUGGUCAAGAACUGUGAAGCAUGUACAUCUGUUGAUUUCGGGAAGAUUUCUGACAUUUGAAUGUUAUUACAUUUUACAUAAUGUAUUUGUUUUAUGGUGAGUGCUACAAGGCACAAGACUGAGGACUCAUGUUUGAAGUGGGACAUAUGGUCAAAUGACUGCUAAAGACAUCUCAAACAGAAAACAGUGCAAUAUUCUAAAGCAAAUAUAUUUUUGGGAAUUUUAAGAGGAAAAAGAGCCAGCCACUUCACAGAAAAACAGCACUUUUAAACACUUCUAGACUUUGGCCAUAGUCUCACUUUAGUCCUAGUAUUUACAGGCCAUAAAAUGGUGUGAUUCAUUUUAAUGUUUAUUUUGUAAUUGUCUCAUAGAAAUAAAAAUUAUCUUGCAACUGCA